AGUCCAGAGUCUGUUUAAACAAUUACGCAACUUGUGGUUUUUAAGUCAAAGAGUAUUAGGCAGUUGAUAGUCUACAACAUUGGUACCAGACAGAAUGUUGAUUUUUAUAGCACUAGCAGUUUUAAUGCUCAACGUGUGGGCUAAAGCAGCAGAUGAUUUAUUUGUACCAAACAUAAACAUUCUCAAAGAACUGGGGAAAAUAAAAAUCAUGGAAACAAGGAUGGAAGCUAUGGAGAAGGAAAUGGAGCGACUAAAAACAGAAAAUACAGUUCCUAAAGUGGCUUUCUCUGCCUCUCUGUUGACCUCUUUCGGACCACAAAGCGUUGGGCCCUUUAAUGAUGGUUUACAUACUCUGAUUUACAAAUACAUCUUCCUUAAUACUGGAAAUGCCUAUGAUCCAAACACAGGAAUCUUUACAGCACCAGUGAGGGGAGCUUAUGCUUUCAGGGUCUUCUCUAAGGCCUUUGGAAAUCUAGAGAGAGCCGCUACUACAGGCCUGUUUAAAAACGACCAGCAUGUAAUUUCUACACAUGGACAUCAAGCAAGCGGUUUUAUCAGCUCUUCAAACGGAGUCUCUCUACUGCUAGAAGAAGGGGAUAAAGUGAAGGUAAAUCUCUAUCCUGGACAAUGGAUUUUCGACAAUGGAGAACACCAUCACAGCACAUUCAGUGGACACCUGCUUUUCCCCCUGUGAACCUGCAGAUCUUUUAUUAACCCAGAAAAGCUUUUUUAUACAUAAAUGAUGUACAACCCUUAAAAACAAAUGUACUGACUUAAUCAAGUGGCAGUCAAAUUUAUAUAAUACCAUCAACAUGAAUAUUCUUCAUAUGGCUUAGCUUAAUUAUUAUUAUUGUUAGUGCAAAAUGCUUUAUGCAUGUAAAUGUACAGAAUGCAACAUUACAACUGGUGGGAAAAAAAAGAUUAUGAAUGUACGGUUAAUGGCAUGCAACAUGCGACGGUUUCCUUUGACUGAUAUUUAGUAAAUCAACCUUUCCAUGA